GGCAAGUGGUUACAAGUGUAUAAACUGAAACAUGGUUUGGGUACUUGGUCGGAAUUCAUGGCUACUGUAGAAGAUCUGUUUGGGUCUUAUGCUUAUCAUGAUUCUAUCACCGAUCUCAUUGCAUUGGAACAAGAUGGUUCUCUUGAUGAUUAUGUUGCCGCAUUCACUAAUUUGUAGUAUCAGGUCUCUAUGCAUAACACCGGUUUCGAUGAUAUUUUCUUUGUCACCCAAUUCAUCAAAGGGUUGAAGUCUGAAUUGCGUGCUGGCGUUCAGUCUCAAGUUCCUAAAACCGUCAAGAAAGCUGUUAUGUUGGCCAAAAUCCAACACCAAUUAUGGGAGGACAAGAGAUUCAAGCAGUUCAAAUUUCCCAUCUCCUCGAAGUCUUCUCUAUCUAAUACUAAGUCUGAUACUCGCUCGACAUCUUCUUCUGUUAGUCCACUCUGGAGAGAACGACAGUUGCGUGAUUAUCGCAAAUCUAAUGGUCUUUGCAUGUAUUGUGGUGAUAAAUAUGAUAAAGCUCAUGCCGCAUCUUGUACUAAACGACCUCAGCCUCAGGUUCAUGCCUUGAUGAUCAAUGAUCUUGACCAGACAUUGAUUGAAGACGUGUUGACUCAGCUAGCAGUGGAGGAUUCCUUGCAGGAAGAGUUUGAGCAGUUGUCUCUGAAUGCACUUGCAGGAAACUGCUAAUGGAGAGGUGCUUACUCUUCGAGCACUGGUCCACAACAAAGUGAUGCUUAUUCUCAUUGAUAGUGGCAGCUCCCACAGUUUCAUUAAUACUUCUUUUGUUGAUUUGAUUGGACUCCACACUGUUCCAUCACCAACCAAGGCAGUCAAAUUGGCUAAUGGUCAGGUUUUGUAUACUGACAAGACAGUUCCAUCACUGGAAUGGUGGUGCCAGGGAUAUACUCUCUGUACAAGCAUGCAGGUGUUGGAUUUAGGGGCAUAUGAUGCAAUUUUAGGCUAUGAUUGGCUGCAACAGAACAGUCCAAUGACUUGUGAUUGGGUUAAUCAUGUACUGGAAUUCUCUAACCAGGGCCACCCAAUCAAACUUCAAGGUACUAUGCCAGCACCAAUGACACUAUCUGCAAUUUCAGCUGAAAGUUAUGUCAAAUGGCAACAGGGUAAUGAUGUUUGGGCUUUAGCGGUCAUUCAGAUGGGUGAUCCACCCUCCUCCUCUACUCCUGCACCUGAACUUGCUACUCUAUUAGAAGAAUUUGCUGAUGUGUUUGCUAAACCCGAUAAACUUCCACCUCAGAGAACCUAUGAUCACUCUAUACCUUUGUUUCCUGGUUCUAUUCCAGUAAAUUCUAGGCCCUACAGAUACUCUCCACUCCAUAAGGAUGAGAUUGAGAGGCAAAUCAAAGAAUUGCUCACUGCUGGAUUAAUCAGUCAUAGUACUAGCCCAUUUGCAUCCCCAGUGUUAUUAGUCCAGAAGAAAGAUGGAAGUUGGAGGUUUUGUGUGGAUUAUAGAAAGUUGAAUGACUUAACUAUCAAAAACAGAUUUCCAUUGCCUAUCAUUGAGGAAAUUCUAGAUGAACUGUUUGGCUCCAAGUUCUUUACUAAGUUGGAUAUGACCUCUGGUUACCAUCAGAUACGCAUGCUGCCUAUGGAUGAACAUAAGACAGCUUUCAAAACACAUCAUGGUCAUUUUCAGUUCAGAGUAAUGCCUUUUGGUCUUAUCAACGCCCCUGCAACAUUUUAGUGUAUCAUGAAUGAAGUGUUACAACCUUUUCUGCGCAAGUUUGUUUUGGUCUUCCUUGAUGAUAUUCUCAUUUAUAUCUCCUCCUUGGCUGAUCAUUUGUGUCAUCUUAGACAAGUGCUGACUCGAUUACGCCAUCAUCAGUUCUAUCUAAAGACCAGCAAGUGUUCUUUUGCUCAGCCUCAUAUUGAUUAUCUUGGCCACAUCAUUUCUCAAGAGAGGGUUGCUACUGAUCCAUCUAAAACAGCAGCUAUGCUUAACUGGCCUACUCCUUCUAAUGUUACUGAGUUACGGGGAUUUUUAGGGCUGACUGGAUAUUACAGACGUUUUGUCCAUCACUAUGGCAUUAUAACUAAGCCAUUGACCACCUUGCUCAAGAAAAAACAGUUUCAGUGGAACUCUCAAGCAACUGCAGCCUUUGAAGCAUUGAAGCAGGCUAUGUCUCACACCCCAGUACUAGCCCUCCCUAAUUUCUCUAUCCCCCCUCCCUAAUUUCUCUAUCCCCUUCAUUGUGGAGACUGAUGAUUGUGCUACUGGGGUGGGUGCAGUUUUGAUGCAUGAAGAUAAACCCAUAGCAUUUCUGAGUAAAGCUCUGGGCCCCACACACCAACACCUCUCCAUUUAUGAGAAGGAGUUUCUUGCCUUGAUCAUGGCAAUUGAAAAAUGGAGACCUUAUCUCCAAAGACAGGAAUUCAUCAUACGCACUGACCAUAAAAGCCUAUCUUACCUCACUGAGCAAAAUUUACAGUCUGAGCUACAAUGUAAAGCAAUGACAAGAUUAAUGGGACUUCAGUUCAGGGUGGUCUACAGAAAAGGCAAAGACAAUGUAGCUGCAGAUGCCCUCUCUCGUGUUGGACAUCUCAUGUCUAUCCAAGCAGUUUCUACAGCUACACCGAAGUGGAUCCAAGAAGUUUUUAAUUCUUAUCACACUGAUCCUGUUGCUCAGAAAUUGCUUCAGUCACUCACAGUGCAAUCACCUGAUGAGCAAGGUUUUUACUUGGAAAAUGGUCUGAUCAAGCUGAAACAGCACAUUUGGGUUGGUCAGAAUUCAGCAUUAAGAACUAAGAUCAUUGCAGCUCUUCAUGCUAGUCCCAUUGGAGGCCACUCAGGCAUUCAACCCACUUAUUACAAAGUCAAAAAUUACUUCCAUUGGAAAGGUCUUAAGCAAAAUGUGGAGGAUUUUGUUAAACAGUGUGUGGUUUGUCAACAAGCCAAACAUGAACACACACAUCCUGCAGGUCUUCUUCAGCCAUUACCCA